ACCUGUUUUGAAUAUCUAGGGGGAUGUUAAGAGGAGGCGUGCUGGUUGCUACCCCUCAUAUCGAACAUUCUUAUAAUACCUUACACGUAGACAAGCAAUUGAUGUUCCAAUCAAUAAGCAAAACACAUUCAUUAAUCAGUAGUAUAUAAUGUUAAUGAAACUUUUUAUUAAUGUUUUACGAUCAUAUAAUGUUUAACGAUAUCCGUUAUCUACCAUUACUUUUACUAAAAUGUGUAGAAUGUGACAGUAACUCCACUCAAAAUGAACAAAAUAAUUAAAGUUAUUUGCAUACAGAUAAGUAACACUUAGCCAAUAAUAAUUGUUCAAAGUCGCGCGUUUAUUACUCAAGCAUACCAUAACAUUUGUAGUGACUAAGGUACACGUCAGGUAAAUAGAAAGAUUGUAAGGAACUCAAAUGUGAAACUAUAUAGUUUCAUAAUACAUUGCCAAAGUUCAUAUCCUUAACAAUCAUCACCUUCUCAAAUUACACCACAUACAUACAUACUGAAAAGUGAAAAUGUUCUCAAUAUCAAAAACAAAACAUCGAAGUAUAGACAGAAUCGCCGAAAACGAAAUGGACUCGAACCAGCAUAAAUUUAACAAUAAGGCUUUAAUAACUUACGAUAUCAAUGGAAACGGGACAACAUAUGUUCCUAAAGGUGAGCAUGACACCUUAACAGACUGUAAAGAGGAUGGUUAUGUGAAACCGUUCAUGAACCAAUAUGAAGACCCGGCUGAAGUGGCGAAACGCGCAGGAUUGAGUAGAGCUGGUAGCGGACCACGACAGCAAAAGAAUGAACUGUAUGAGGAAGCAAAAGGCCAGAGAGUUCGUUUACAAAACAGAGCAACAACACAAAGUGAUGGCGCAGAAUGUUCUCCUUUAGUUGUUAAUACGACAAUACCAGAUUAUGACAAAGAAAGGUCGAGUAGAAAAUGUGAUUUAAAAACGAUCAUAUUCUUUGUCCUCGUACUUUGUUUGAGCGCCGGUGGAUUAGCUCUCAGUCUUAUGAACAUGCUAAAUGAAAGUAAUUGUCAAUGUUCCCAAAAAGGGCUGCUAGUUGCCAAAUUACAAGAACCCGAAAAAAACCAGGACUAUUUGUCUCUCAAAAAUGAAAUGGAUCUACUGCAAAAAAAGUUCGACGAUCUUAAGCAACAAAUGGGUAUUCAUAGAAUUCAUUUGAAAGAAGUCAACAAAACUGCAAUGCUCAAACAAAAGGAAGGUCCACAAGGCCCUAAAGGUCCACAAGGGCCUAAAGGUCUGGCAGGUGAUCCUGGAUCCAAGGGAGAACAAGGGAAAGCAGGAUCGCCAGGACCUCGUGGUAUGCAAGGGGAACAAGGUUUACCAGGAAUGCUAAAUGUAUCACAAUGUACUCACAAAAUUAUACCAAAAAAGGGAACUGUCAUUGACAGGCAAGAGAUGAAUGCUAGAGUUAAGUUGUAUUACACAGAACCUCAGAAUGUCAAAGUUAUGUCUGCUGUAUGCUCAACAAGUCCAGGAAAAGGAGCAGGAAUAGCAAACAUGUUAAGUCACAAAACUCAAAAUGGAAUAAGCUAUACAUGUGAAUGUGCUGGAAUAUCAAAGAAUGGAAAAUAUGAACCAACAAGAGAUAGAAAUGGUGACAGGUUUAUAGAAUGUGUAUUGCACAUAUGGGAAUGUCAGAUAUAGAAAAAAAAUCAAAAGAUAAUAGCAUGGUUAUUUCACUUGUGGAACAUGCAAAAAAAACAAUUGUAAAGCGUAAAAUUUCAAUAUUUUCUAAUCCAUGAAUGGUUGUCUAGUCAGAUUAAUGCUAUUAUCUAAAACAUCCAUACAUGCAGCUGAUUUUCCUGGAGAAUGUCAUAAAAUUAACAUUUCCAGGCUUUUUAUGUAUGUAUAUGUAUAUGUAUAGACAGGAAAUUUUUCGUUUAUGAUUUUUUUCCAUUAUAGUGCUCAAUAUAUAAUUCAUCAACAAUAAUCGAAAUCUCGUUCAAUGUAAUUGGUUGAGCACAAAGUUCAACACUUGUAUCAAAAAGAUGAACAUAUUAUUGAUUGUAAAUAAAAGAUUUUAACAAUUUACUGCUUGUAGAAAGCGCUCUUCAUUUUUA